UUUUCGGAUGGUAUCAGUAACUAAUUGUCUUUAUCAAUAGUAACAAGAUGAAAGUGUUUCUGUGCGUUUUGGCUUUAGUCGCCGCAGUAGCUGCUGGAGGCUGGGGUGGAUAUGGCGGUGGAUGGGGUGGAAGUAGCGGAGGAUAUGGUGGUGGAUGGGGUGGAUAUGGCGGAGGAGCCGGUUGGGGUGGCUCUGGAGGCUACGGUGGAGGAGCUGGAUGGGGUGGUGGACAUGGUGCUAUAAUUAAAGCUGUACCAGUUGUAACGAAAGUUAUAAAAGUUAGUGGAUAUGGAGGUGGCAUUGGAGGGGGAUGGGGUGCUGGAGGUCUAGGAGGAGGUUGGUCUGGCGGAUAUGGCGGUUGGAGUGGCGCUGGUAAAAUCGGAGGAUAUGGAGGUUGGAGCGGAGCUGGAGGAAUCGGAGGUGGAUGGGGUGGAAAUGGCGGCUGGGGUGGUGCUGGCAAGAUCGGAGGUUAUGGAGGUGGAUGGGGUGGUUAUGGCGGUGGAUGGAAGAGCUCUGGCUGGCUACAAAACAACAGUAACAACAUGAAAGUAUUCUUGUGCGUGUUAGCCCUUGCCGUUGCUGUCUCCGCUGGAGGCUGGGGAGGUUACGGUGGAGGAUACGGUGGCGGAUAUGGUGGAGGCUGGGGUGGAUAUAGCGGAGGUUGGGGUGGACACGGCGGAUACAGUGGAGGAUGGGGUGGACACGGCGGAUACAGCGGAGGAUGGGGACAUGGAGGAGGCUACCUAGGCGGUUUGGGUGGUGGCUAUGGAGGACACACUGCUGUUGUUAAGACCGUAGCUGUUCCGGUUGUUAAACCCGUACCUGUUCCAGUUGUUAAGACUGUAGCUGUCCCAGUCCCUGUAAAGGUCGCUACUGUUGGAUAUAGCGGAGGCUGGGGAGGCCAUGGCGGAUAUGGUGCUGGCUUUGGCGGAUAUGGUGGUGGCUACGGUGGUGGAUACGGAGGCGGAUUUGGUGGCGGAUACGGAGGUGGAUUCGGUUACAAAAGCCACGGCUGGAAGUAAAUAGCUUUAGUUGCUUAGACUUAAAAGACCAAUUGUUUGGAACUAUGUUUGAAACGAACGGUGUCGAAUAAUAAUGUUUUUUUGAAAUUCAAA